UUCUGUAUAAAGAGUCACAGUAUCCUGGUACCAUAUCUGAAAAAAGGUUAACGUGAUGAUGCUGAAACAAGAUUUCAAGAUAAUAUUAUGUCGCUCACCUGACUCCACAGAGAUGAAAUUACAAUUAUUGCCUUUUUAGCUCACUGCUCUAUAUUUCAACUGGACAAUACCUGUUAUAGUUCUUAGGGAGUUUUCAUACUGAAUCGCAAACAGUGCAGAUCAGACUGACUUUUUAUCUACCGUAUUUUCCGGACAAAAGGCCGCGGCAUAUACGUUAAAAAAGUGAAACUGUCGGGGGUGCGGCCUAUGCGUCGAAGCGGCCUAUACGUCAUUUUAUUUUUUUCUAAAUGGGCCUUUCAUUCGGCUUACACAACAGGUUUUUUUUUAAAUUUUUCACUUGUAUUUUGAAAGCUUUUGAAAGCUGUUGAAAGCUGUUGAAAUUCAGCUUACGAUUUUAUCGGUUUCAUUUCUUCUGGACACACGAUUUCGGGUGUAUUUGACAACAAAAGACAACCUGUGAAAUUAGCCCAGUUGUUUCGCAUCUCUAUUGUUCUGUAGACAAAGGCUGAAUAGACACAAACAAACGAUUACCGGUAUUGCGUCAAAUAUGUAUAAUCUGGCUAUCAUGUUUAUAAAAAUUGUUGUGCAGAAAUUUUAAAUAAAUAACGGAUUUUCAUCUUUAAAAAAUUAUAAUUGACAUACAUAUAUAUAUAUGUAAACUGAACCAUGUAUCGCUGAUUGAAACUCGUGUUUACCGGUACAUUCCUCAAAGUAGCAACCAGCAGACCAAUUUCCAUGCUCUUCAGCGUAUGCAACCACUUUCAGCUUGAACUACAUGGUGUAACUUUUUCUUUUAGAUAGACUAGCGCUAGAUAUUCCAGUGUCGAUUUCAGACAAUUUGUUCUAUCUAGUCGGUGUAGCCAUAUUUCCGAUCGAAUCAAGUAAAAUAUACAUAAUGGACAAUUUUGCCGAGCGGGACUUUGAGAACAGCUCAGGAAAACUUACAUUUCGGACUUAACAGUUCACUGCAUUCGACGGAUUAACAGGUGAUUACCAGGAAAUACAACCGACUUCAAUGAAUAUUUACCGAGGACAGUCUUUAUACGACAUGGUCAAGUUUGCCGCAAUGCGAUGUAUAGGCCGCGGCCAAUAUGCCGGAGCGGCCUUUACCUUAAAUUUAUUUCUGAUAGAGUUAAAAUAUACGGCUGCGGCCAAUACGGUGCAGCGGCCUAUUGUCCGGAAAAUACGGUAGGUCUCUAUUGCAUCAUCUGAACUCAUCAAACAAUUGAGACAAAAAUAAUUUCCGAAAAGUCUCCCUUAAUAAAAAGUAUCUCCCCCCUAACCCCACAAAAAAAAAAUUCCGACGUACCUACCCUAAUUUUUUAGUAUGUUGCCGCAAACAAAUAAUAUUUCAGGCCUCAUUCAAACUGUACUCAGGCCGUAUGUUAGCAUUCAAAGGAGAUAACUCCUGACCUUAUACAAAUUUCGUAUGAGCAUGCCUCUUUUCCCCUUACAACGCUAUGAUGGAAUUUAUCGAGAUUGUAAAUAAAAAUUGAAUAUUCAGAAAUGUAUCUUUGAAAAAAAAAAUUAAAAGAGUUUGUAAUCAGUAGCCUGGUUACUGUUAACUAUAAAUCGUACAUUCGGCUAAAUUAUCUCAUUCGGUAUUUCCCGUUUUCUUGUUUCGAUUUAGUAUCUUCAUAAGGUGUUGAUUUGUAAACUAUUUGUUUAGAUGACUAAAGUUGAUCGUAUAAAGCACAUGUCAUUAUGUUAAAUAUUAACAACUGGACUAACACACAUUUUAAAUUCAACCAGUGUUUCAAUUUUAGGGAGUUUUCACAUACAAGUGGUAAAACAUCGAAAGGUAAAACUAGGACAAUUAUGUAUUUCGAUCAAUGUCACUUUAAUGUUAGACUGAAGUAAUUUGAGAAAUCCACCGAUAAUCUAUACAAUAACAAGUCUAAAACGUGCGUCGUCUGGUUAAUCGUUAACUGUCGCCUAACUGGUUUUUUCUCAGUAGUAUGAUGGGUUUUAAUAUCAAUUUGGUAUCUGAAAGAAUUAAGAAAUAUAUUUUUAAUAAUAAGUAAAAUAAUCGGGAAAAUGGAAUCAUCUUCAAGCACGAGCGACCAAUAUGCUCAAAGUGAAAGUGAUUUUAAUGCAACAGCGCGGGAUCAUCUGAAUUAUACGGAAUGUUCUGGUGAUCAAAAUAGUGUGACAGUGUUCUCAUUGACAAAACAUAAAAGGGACAAAGCUUUUAGAAGACUUAUUAUCGCGCUCAGUAAGGAACUAAGUCCAGGUGAAUUCGAAACUGCAAAGUUUCUUUUCGGAGGAGAAAUAAAGAAAGGGAAAAUGGAAAGAUUAAAGACGUUGAUAGACCUUUGUGUUGUCCUACAAGAAAGAUGUAUAUUAGAUGAGAACAAAUUGGGUUGCCUUCUGGAACUUUUCGAAGAGUUAGGAAGGCCUGAUCCUGUCGAGCUAGUGAUGAAAUAUGAGGGCAAUUUUAGUGAUAUAACGUAUGCAACAGGUAAUAAAAUACCAUCUGGAGCAACCUUAGCAGAGAACAGUCACGUAAUAGAAGUCACAGAAUCGAAUGUUAAUAUCAGUGAAACGCAGACAAAUGAGCCGUGCUAUGAGAAAACCAACAUAGUGGCUUUGCGACCAGCAUGGAUCCAGACCAGCCUGCGCAUCCGCGCAGUCUGGUCAGGAUCCAUGCUGUUCGCUAACAGUUUCUCCAAUUCCAAUAGGCUUUAAAAGCGAACAGCAUGGGGCCUGACCAGACUGCGCGGAUGCGCAGGCUGGUCUGGAUCUAUGCUGGUCGCAAACCCACUAUGUUGGUUUUCUCAUGGCACGGCUCAAAUGAUUUUGUCUCGGGAAGGUCUCAUAAGGAAGGAGACCCUAAACUCUAUUCGGGUGUGAAUAAUGAAGUUACACUGACGCAAGAUAAAGAGACACAGACGAUUGGAGAAAUAUUGAAGACAAGUGACCAAUUUCAAGAGGAAUUGAAAUAUCUUUCAAACGAAUUAGAUACCGAAAAAAAGAUGAGACUUGACAUGCAAGAACUGAUGUUUUGUGGAUGGAGUGAAACAUAUAAUUACAGCAUAGAGAUAUCUAAACUAUAUAUGCAUCGUAACGAGAUGGGUUUGAAGUUUCUACAAUCAAAACUUCUUCGUGUAUACCCACAAUGCUUAUAUGAUGAUAUAUACUCGUAAACUGAAAGGUGUGAAUUUGAAAAUAGGGAUAAAACACUGUCAGAGCAACUACACAAAUUAGGUAAAAGUUAGAUAAUGUUUCGUUAGACUGGAUAAGAUUUACCGUAAACUGUUUGUUUUACGACGCCGUUCGAUUACAAGUUAGAGUUGUUUUGGGGAGAUUCAUUCAUUCUCUCGAUAUGUUUUUUACAUCAGUAACUGUAAAACGAUCCUUUGGAAGCAAACAACGCAUCCAAGAAGAAUGCGAAGGUGAUUCAGUGAAUUCUGUCGCCGUAUGCCUAAAUAAUAAAUCCGAUCAAUCAUAUUUUCAAGAUAUUUUCCUAUGCUCAGAAAUAGACUGUUGGAGUCUUGCUAUCCGUGAUCUAAAUGAUGCAAAGUAGUCUCUCCUUGGUAUACUUUUGGUCAGGGGAAUUAGUGUGUGCUCAGCCUAUAUAACUUUUCCUGUUCUAAGAACGGGAGGAGGUGUUGUCAAGAAUAAGCUGUUAUGCGUUUCUAACAUUUACUCUGAGCCUUAUUUUAAUAGAAUGUUUACAGCUGUUAGAUUUUUAGGUCUUUGUAGGAAAUGCCUAUGAUAAUCUUAUCCGCUUGACAUGGAGUUCGUACAAUGGGGCCAUUAGAAUUUAAGAAUUGGUAUAUAAAACAUUCUUGGCCCUUUUUGUCCUCAUUAAAAGACUUUUUUUGAGAUAACGAUUUUUGUAUAUUCAGCAGUUUUUGUGCAAUGUAAACGCUUGAACUUUUAAAACAGGUAUCAACAAAUGGUUUG